AUGGGAUUAUUAGUGUCAAAGCUUUUCAAGAACCGUGAAAUGAGAAUAUUGAUGCUUGGUCUUGACAAUGCUGGGAAAACCACGAUAUUGUAUAAGUUGAAGUUGGGAAAAGCAUCGACAACGGUUCCCACGGUCGGGUUCAACGUUGAGACCGUGAAGCAUAAGAAUGUCUCAUUUGCAGUUUGGGAUUGUGGUGGACAAGAGAGAAUCAGACCAUUAUGGAGGCAUUAUUUCACCGGGACGAAUGCAUUGAUAUACGUGGUGGACUCAUCCGAUCACACCAGACUCGAGGAGUCAAAGACAGAAUUGUUGCGAGUUAUCAGCGAUAAAGAGUUAUCCGGGUGUUUACUUAUAGUUUUGGCAAAUAAGCAGGACGUUCCUGGGGCCAUCAAGCCCAAAGAAUUAAUCGACAGGUUUGAUUUACAUAACUUACCAGGACAGCAUACGUGGUCAGUGAUACCUACUGUUGCCAUAGAUGGUACUGGUUUGAUCGAAACAUUAAACUGGAUCUCCAAGCACGACACCUGA